AGGCCUCUGAGAGCACAGAGCAGCUCUGCCCUCUGUCUACCCUGUGGAGCCUUGACCAUGGCGGCUCUGGCGGCCCGAGUGUCCAAGCAGCGCGCGGCAGCUGAGGGUCUUGGCUCAAACCAGAAGGCCGUGAAGUACUUGGGCCAGGACUUCCAGACCCUGAGGCAGCAGUGCUUGGACUCAGGGGUCCUUUUUAAGGACCCAGAGUUUCCAGCAUGCCCAUCAGCCCUGGGCUACCAGGAUCUUGGACCCCGCUCCCCACAGGCUCGAGGCAUUGUGUGGAAGCGGCCCACGGAAUUGUGUCCCAGUCCUCAGUUUAUCAUUGGUGGAGCCAAGCGCACAGACAUUUGUCAGGGUGCCCUAGGUGACUGCUGGCUUCUGGCGGCCAUCGCCUCCCUCACCUUGAAUGAAGAGCUGCUUUACCGCGUGGUCCCCAGGGACCAGGACUUCCAGGAUAACUACGCGGGAAUCUUCCAUUUCCAGUUCUGGCAGUACGGAGAGUGGGUGGAGGUGGUUGUUGACGACCGGCUGCCCACCAAGGACGGGAAGCUGCUCUUCCUGCACUCGGAGGAAGGCAGUGAGUUCUGGAGCGCGCUGCUGGAGAAGGCCUAUGCCAAGCUCAACGGUUCUUAUGAGGCUCUUGCCGGAGGGUCAACAGUGGAGGGGUUUGAGGAUUUCACAGGUGGCAUCUCUGAGUUUUAUGACCUGAAGAAGCCGCCAGCCAGUCUGUAUCAGAUCAUCUGGAAAGCCCUCCGCUCGGGGUCUCUGCUGGCCUGUUCCAUUGACGUCUCCAGUGCAGCCGAAGCAGAGGCCAUCACGAGCCAGAAGCUGGUUAAAAGUCAUGCAUACUCUAUCACGGGAGUCGAAGAGGUGGAUUCCCGGGGCCGUCCAGAGAGGCUGAUCAGACUCAGGAACCCGUGGGGCGAAGUGGAGUGGACGGGGGCCUGGAGUGAUGAUGCACCAGAGUGGAAUUACAUAGCUCCCAGGCAGAAAGAAGAGCUGUACAAGAAAGUUGAGGAUGGAGAGUUCUGGAUGUCUUUUUCAGAUUUCUUGCGGCAGUUCUCUCGGCUGGAGAUCUGCAACCUGUCCCCGGACUCCCUGAGCAGCAAGGAGGUGCACAAGUGGAACCUGGUCCUGUUCAACGGGCGCUGGACGCGGGGCUGCACCGCCGGUGGCUGCCAGAACUACCCAGCCACUUACUGGACAAAUCCCCAGUUUGAAAUCCGUUUGGAUGAGGUGGACGACCACCAGGAGGAGGGCGCUGGUGAACCCUGCUGUACGGUGCUGCUGGGGCUGAUGCAGAAGAACCGCAGGCGACAGAAGAGGAUGGGACAGGGCAUGCUCAGCAUCGGCUACGCUGUCUACAAGGUCCCCAAAGAGCGGGAGGGGCCCGCGGCCGCGCAGCUGGGCCGGGACUUCUUCCAGGGCCGCCAGCCCUCCGCGCGCUCCGCCACCUACGUCAACCUGCGCGAGGUCUCCGCGCGCGUCCGGCUGCCCCCGGGGCCGUACGUGGUGGUGCCGGCCACCUUCGAGCCCUUCAAGGAUGGCGACUUCUGCUUGAGGGUGUUCUCGGAGAAGAAGGCCAAGGCCCUAGAAAUUGGGGAUGUAGUAGCUGGAAACCCACAUGAGCCCCAUCCCUGCGAGGUGGAUCAGGAAGACGGCCAGUUCGAGAGGCUGUUUGAGAAGCUUGCAGGGAAGGAUUCUGAGGUCAGUGCCAGUGAACUCAAGACAGCACUGAAUGAGGUGUUUUCCAAACGGACAGACAUAAAAUUCGAUGGCUUCGACAUCAACACUUGCAGGGAGAUGAUCAGCCUGAUGGAUAGCAAUGGGACGGGCUCCUUGGGACUGUUGGAAUUCAAGACGCUCUGGUUGAAGAUUCAGAAGUAUCUGGAGAUCUAUCGGGAAAUGGAUUAUAACCACUUGGGGACCAUCGAUGCCCACGAGAUGAGGGCAGCCCUCAAGAAGGCAGGCUUCACCCUCAACAACCAGGUGCAGCAGACCAUCGCCACGCGGUAUGCAGGCAGCAAACUCUGCGUUGACUUUGACGGCUUCGUUGCUUGUAUGAUCCGCCUGGAGACCCUCUUCAAACUGUUCAGGCUUCUGGACAAGGACCAGAGUGGCAUUGUCCGGCUCUCUCUGGCGGAGUGGCUGUGCUGUGCGUUGGUCUGACCUGGGGUUCUGGACAUCGGUGACACCCCCUGCCAGCCUGCCUGCCUCUUUUCUCCCCUUCUCUCCAGUUUUGUGAACAUUUAUCCUGGAGGACCCAUUGGUUAUUCAUCUCUUCCCUGCCUGUUGUUUUGCUCCCUGAGACCCUGGCCUGUCCCACUGGAGCAGUCCGGGGAGCCCAGGAUCUCUUUCUGCAGCAUUUUAGCUGACCCCAGGGCACGGCGGAGGGACGGGAAUUGAUUAAAAUUGUUGGCCAAAAUGGUUUCCAACUUCUUCUAGUGAUACGCAGUCUGGAGACUGCCCUGGGCUUUUCCUGCUUUAGGAAGGAAGAUGUUCUUGAGAAAUGACACGGCCCAAAGCUGCUGAGAGUUGGAAAACAUGAGUGGGUGUCUUGGAGGAGAAGCCUGCUCCAGAUUAAGCUGCCUUCAGGGAAGGAGCUGCUCUCGGCCUUCUAAGGAGGGUGAAGGGAUGGGCUGCUAGGAGAAAAGGCCUUUCUUCAUCACUCGCAGACAGAGAAGUUGCUCUACUGCACGUCAGCAUCGGCUAAAGGAAAGGAAAGGAAAAUUCUUUCUGAAGGGAAUUCUUACCUGACAAAUAGCUAGAGGGGAAAUGCAAUUCAGGUUAGUUUUGCUCACAGCUGAACACAAGGAUCUUUGCUGUUGGUAAGAAAAUAGAUGUCAUCACCUGGCGUCCUCAUGGGUAGUUGGGGACAGAGCUGGCUCUUACACUCAGACUUUGGAAAUAAAGUGUAAAGGGGGAUGAAUGUCUUAGUCAGUUUGGACUGCUCUAGCAAACACCAGAGACCAGGUGGCUUAUAAAAAACAGACAUUAUUUUCUCAGAGUUCUGGAGGCUGGAAGUCCGAGAUCGGUGCAACAUAGCUGGGUUCUAGUGAGAUCUCUCUUCUGGGUUGCAGACUGCAGGCUUCUUGUGUCCUCACAUGGUGGAGAGCACAGAGGGGAAGCAAGCUCUGUCAUGACUCUUGUAAGGGCACCAAUCCCAUUCAUGAGGGCCCCACCCUCAUCAUCUUAUCUCAUCCUAAUCACCUCCCACAGGUCCCACCUCCAAACACCCCACAUUAGCGGGGUGUGUUAUCAGAAUGUGAAUU